UCUUAGCAUGAUCACCAGACGUUCACGUACAUCGGAAAAUAUUGCCAAAAGGCAAAGGCAACGCAAAUUCGCAAAUGUAAGCACAUCUGGUGAACACAUUCCACUAACCAAUAUGAAUUGGUCAGAACGUUGGUGUACCCUGCCCUUGGAAGAUGAGACACAAAUUAAGCAAAUCUAUGAGUUUGAAGUGAGAGAAGACGAUGUCUAUGUGGUUACAUUUCCAAAAUGUGGCACUACCUGGAUACAGGAGGCCACAUGGUUGUUGGGGAAUGAUUUGGAUUUUGCAACAGCCAAUAGUGUAGAUCUAACUAUGCGCAGUGUAUUCAUGGAGUUAAGUGCAUUGUAUACCUCUAUGCCACGCAAUACCAUAGAACUGUCUAAGGCAGCUAAAUCACCUAGAGUUUUGAAAUCGCAUUUGCCUGCUCAUUUAAUACCCAAACAAAUAUGGGAGAAGAAGAACAAGAUCAUUUAUUGUGCCCGCAAUCCCAAAGACACUGCAGUCUCCUAUUUUCAUUUUCAUCGUGGCCUUGGCACCUGGAUGGGUGAAAUCGAUGAAUUUGUAGAGGAUUUAAUAAAUGAUGACAUUUUGUAUUCCCCCUACUGGCAACAUCUCAUGGAUUUUUGGCAAAUGCGCAAACAAGGGAAUGUUUUUUUUACCACCUAUGAGGAUAUGAAAAGAGAUUUGAGAAAAGUUUUAAUUGAGCUGAAUGAUUUUUUAGAAAAACCUACGCUAAGUGAUGAAAAUCUACAAAAGUUGGAAGAGCAUUUAUCGUUUAAUAAUAUGAAGGCCAGUACACGUACCAAUUUAACAUACGCUGUGAAAGCUGGUCAUGGCAGUCCACAUGUUCGUCCGGACUUUGAGUUUAUGCGUCGUGGCAUUGUUGGAUCCUAUAGAGAUGAAUUAGGUCAAGAAUCCUUGGAGAAAUUGGAUAAAUGGACUUCACAAAAUUUGGCAAAGUAUAAUGUAACUUUGAAGGAGAUAUUUGGAGAGCUUUAAAGAAAAAACAAAACACAAAUAUUAAUCUGUUAAUAUAUAAACAAAAA